AUGACACCAAGGAAGGUGUUAAAAGGUCUUGUUGAUGCUAGGAUAACUGAGUCCAACGAAACGCAAGGAGAUUGUUGCAAAAGUUGGAGAGGCAUCAGGACUUUGGACUUUUUUCAAAUUGCUAAUCAUGGAGUACCUGUUGAUCUUUUGGAGGAGUUAAGGGGUGGGGUACGUGGGUUUUUUGAGCAAGACACUGACGUGAAGAAACAGUUUUACACUCGUGAGUACUUCCAACCUUUGGUGUACAGUAGCAAUCCUGAUCUAUACAGCUCACCGGCCACUAAUUGGAGGGACACUUUUAUGUGCUACAUCAUGUCUUCUGGCUUAGUAGGAUUAGGAAACUUGAUUAGUAUCAAACGGCAGAUUCAAGAGUGUAGAGCACAGGGUAGUGGCAAACCGUGUCGGUCCAAGAAUAUCGGUGACAAGCUUCUUUACGACAGGUAUGCUACCAUCGCCGAGACUCUAUGGACCUAUCAAAGAGUUAUGAUCAGAAGACAACCCUCCAAAGUACAGGGAGACAACUAUAAGGGGCUUUAA